UCGGCUUUCAAUGAAAAGUCAAGGUCACACGAGUGGAUGUCCAGGCGUUUCGAAGCACCGUCGAAGUCAAAGCUUAGCCGACCAGACUUCUAAUACCUUCAUCCGCCCCGCUGCCCCUUACUUCCCACCCAAUGGGCGCGCUAAUGUGCAGAGGCCGCCGAGAUGCCCUCGCUUCCCAGACCCGUUCCCUCUCCUCCACCAACCCCACCCCAUCCUCCUCCUCCACCGCCCCUUCCCCAAACAUCUUCAGCGCCACCGACACCUCCUUCACCGGAGGCCAACACACCAAUUCCUCUUCCUCGCAGAGCCUCUCCUCCCUCGCCAGCCUCCGCUCAUCCCUACCCGACACCCCCUCCCUUUACUCCACCGCCGAGAUAUCCGCCGCCGAGAUCAAUCCCUCUGCCAAGCGCCUCUCCUCCUCCUCCUUCCGCUGCCUUCUACGCGGCCGCGAUGUCUUCAUCCACCGUCGCCGCUUCCGCGGCGACCCCGAAACCCUCCCCUCCCUCCUCUCCGACGCCUUCAAGAGCCACCACCGUAGCCUAGUUCGCCUCCUCGGCGCCUCUGUUUCUUCCGACAACAUACACCUUGUGUACGACUUCGCCCCUGGUGCUCCCCUCUCCGCCUCCCUCCGUAAUCCUCAAAACCCCAAAUUCACCGCUCUCUCCUCCUGGAUCUCUCGAAUGCAGAUCGCCACGGAUCUCGCGCAGGGCCUUGAUUACAUCCACCACCACUCCGGUGGCGGCGGGUCCGUUCAUAAUCGCAUCAAGAGCUCCUCAAUCAUCGUCUCCGAGACCGGCUUCAACGCCAAGCUCUGCCAUUUCGGCGCCGCUCUCCUCGCCGGCGAAAUCGAAAUCAAUAAGUUGAUGAAAUCGAACAGCCGGUCGAUCAAGAUUGAGGGGACCAGGGGGUAUUUGGCGCCCGAAGUGAUUGCAGGGGGAUGCGUCACGCGGAAGUCGGAUGUGUUCGCGCUUGGGGUCGUGCUUCUGGAGCUGAUCUCCGGCGAUGAGCCACUCACGUAUAGAUUAUGCGCGGGUGGAGAAAAGAGAUAUGAGAGGAGUUCGCUAAUCGAAACGGCGAGAGAGGUUGUUGGAGCGGCGGGAUGGGAAGAGGAGGGAUCGCCGGCGGGGUUUGUGGAAAAGAGGAUGGAGAGGGUUCGGCACUGGGUGGAUCGGAGAUUAAGGGAUUCUUUUCCAUUGGAUGUGGCGGAGAAGAUGACGAUGGUGGCGCUGCGAUGUGUGGAGGGUGAUGCGGCGAAGAGGCCGGGGAUGAGUUGGGUUGAGGGGAAGAUCUCGCAGCUAUUUCUGGAGUCGAAGGCGUGGAGCGAGAAAAUUAGGGUUCCGGUGGAUAUUUCGGCGACUUUCGGUCCGAGGUGAGGGGUGACAACCGGCGGCGGCGGAUUGGUGUUACUCGGGGAAUUUGUUUUUCUUCGAUUUUAUUGUCGCAAAUUUGAAAAAGUAGUAGUAGUAUUUUUUGUUAGGGUUGACUUUUUUAAAAGUAGACGAACGUUAUAUUUAAUUAAAGAUAGUGCUUGGCCACUUGUGUCGGUU